UUGAGUUUCGACAUCGACAGUAUUCGCGCGUUUGCCUUCAAAUAGUUGGAAAAUAUCCAAGGAAUCAAACUAAGUUUUUUUGGAAAUAAUUGGAGAAUUUUGCUACAUUUUUAAAAACACAAAUAUCCAGCAUGUCCGAGGCAGCAGCAGCUAAUGGAAGCCCCUCUCCAGCUCCAACUCCUGAGGUGCCUGCGGCCGAGUUGGCCCAAUUGGCUCUGGAGGAUGAGCCCAAGGUUAGCUUUUCGGAUCAGUUCAAGGCCUUCUCUAAGUUCGGGGACUCCAAGUCCGAUGGAAAGCUGAUCACGCUCUCGCAGAGUGACAAGUGGAUGAAACAGGCCAAGGUUAUCGACAAGAAGAUCACCACCACGGACACGGGCAUCCACUUCAAGAAGUUCAAGGCCAUGAAGAUCUCACUCACCGACUACAACAAAUUCCUGGACGAUUUGGCUAAGACGAAAAAGGUGGAGCUGUCAGAGAUUAAGCAGAAGUUGGCCGGCUGUGGAGCUCCAGGAGUGGUUUCCGUUUCGGCCGGAAAGGCAGCAGCAGCCGUGGAUCGAUUGACGGAUACCAGCAAGUAUACCGGUUCCCACAAGGAGCGCUUCGAUGCCUCCGGAAAGGGCAAGGGUAUAGCCGGCAGACGCAACGUAGUGGAUGGUUCUGGAUAUGUGAGUGGCUACCAGCACAAGGACACCUACGAUAACGCCCAUUAAAGAGGGAAUCCACCGUUUAAUACCGCCCACACUCUCUUUAAACUGACUUUCUAACUUUUGUGUUUCCCUAGUUAAUGUCUCCCAUUUCGUUUGGUAGCUGCAAUAAUUUAUCCUUGUGUACAUAAUCUAAGUUUGUGAUAAUUUAAGUGCUUACAAAUAAAUUUAUAUAUUUUGAUUA